ACGAACCACCGAUGGCUAACUUACGUGUUGUAGGGUUUUCGAACCCUUACGAGUUUCUCGAAGCGGUCAAAGGCAACGAUGACAGCUUCAUGAACUUCCCACUCGGCGCACUCAUGGAUAGCAUGGAUGAGCAACAAAUACGAGUGCGAAAUAUCACAGAGGAUUCCAGGACGCUUGUUGGUGUAUACGACGGAGAUGCCCUAGUGCUGGCACUGGUCAAGGUCGUUGGCGAUUUCGCUUGGGUUCUAGGCUGCCCGGGGGACAGUGAACCCGUCGGGCCAAAUGCGAAGACAGCAAUCUCGCUAUUAGUUUCCUUCCUCCCCUCGAUCAUUGAUCCAAAACUGUUCGACAAUCUCUUCGGUCCCGAAUCUUUGGUGGAUGCCUUCAUAGACGCAUGGGUCUCCGGCAUGACUGCCCGCGGGCUACGCAUCGAAGCUCUUCCCACCUUUUUCCGCUCAAAAGCCUCUUUCGCUACCCUCGCUACGCUGCCCCUGCCGUCGCUAGUGCUUUCAAAGUACAGAAUAGAGCUGGCAAGCCCAGAUAAUGUGGAGAUACUUGCACACCUUUACACUGGCUUCUCGGGUUCGGGACCCAACGCGGCGUCUAUCGGGGAAGCGAGGGUGAAGAUGGACAUGUCCAUCCAGUUAAGAGAGAUAUGGGUCUGCCGAGAGCAGGGAGAGAUUGCAGGGUAUAUCGCAACAGGUCGAACAACAUUCCGAACCGUGGCCAUACGCAACCUUUAUGUUUCACCACGCCAUCGACGGAAGGGUGUUGCAGAAGCGAUGACCGUGGCCGUAAUGCGAUACUUCCUUGGAGCGCAGCCGCUAGGUUUUGGUGGCGCGCCAGACGGUCCUCCCACGAAAGGCAUUAAGGAGGAGAUCUGUUUGAACGUCGCGGAGGAGCAUGUCCAAAGAUUGUACAAGAGAUGCGGGUUUUUGUUGGGCGAGGGUAGCCGGGAUCCCACCACAGGAAAGAAAGGAUGGUUCGCCUCAGCCUUCAGAGGUGUCAGAUUCCUCGAUGAGCUCGAGUAGAGUGGACUGUUUGAGGCGAUCUUCGCUUUACAGCAUGUGCAGCCUACAUUCUGAGAAUACGUAUGUAUAGUUUCU